UGUUAAAGUCGGCGGCUGAUUGGAUAUUGUGAGACGAGAAGGGGCCAAUAGACGUCGGGCGGGCGCUCUGCGCGCUGAUUGGACGAAACGGGGCACGGUUUGGAUCCUACCCUUUGUUGCAAAGCUCCACAAUGGGAAGUCAAUAGGAGCGGGGCGAGCGGCGGCGGGGCGCGGCGGGGCGGCGGGCGGUGGAUUCCUGGCUCCCCGGGCCUCAGCGGGCGGUCCCGGUGCAAGGGCUGCUCGGCCUCGCCGCCUGCCGGCCCGCCCCCCGGCCCCGCCACAAAAUGCCUUUCGCGGCGUGCGGUGCGGAGACUGCGAGCGGCGGGGCCGGGCCGCGCCGUGGGGAAUGGCCGGGACCCCCCCGGGCGCGGGGACAGCGGGGACACGCAGGCGCUGGGCACACGCUAUGAGCUGGCUCGGCCGGUUUCCUAGGAAAGAGGUGGAGGAGCUUGUUGUGUGGGCUCACUAGGGGACUGCCCGGUUCGGCACCGUGCAGCCCCAGCCCCAUCGCGGCUCUUGUAGCAUCCGUCCUCUGGCUUUAUGAAUGGGAGCAGCUGUGUUGUGGGAUAGGAACGCUUGCCACAGGAUUUGCUUUUGAACCGGGGCUGUCCUACCGAUGUGUUGCCCUCCAAAAGGCACCGCUGCUCCCGGCCAUCGGGAACGUCACCCUGGGACGUGCGUGUCCUGGGGGAAAGCCUGGGAGCGUGCAGAUGCUGCAGCUGGGCCCCACUGCACUGCUGUUCUCCACCUCCAUAAAAUGACAUUCCCACUCACUUUGUGGGUUGUCUUCCAACUCCAAAGCUAAUUACAAAGUUUUGGGAAGUAGGAAACCAGAAUCCUUAAUGCCUGUUGGUUGCAUCUAGGAAGAUAAUAGCAAUUAAGUGAAAAGUUGUUGUAUUUUGGGGGAGGUUGCUCCCUGGAGUUGUACCUUGCUGUGUGUUGUUACGUUAUUACAUUCACAGCAGCUGUUGGGGGUGGAGGCAGGUCCUGCCCCCAUGGUCAGGAAGAACAGGUCCCAAAUGCCCCGCAGUUGUAGCACACAGAACAUGGAGUGAACACAAACAGCCACUCCCGAAGGUAUCUGCACUCAGUGCGCAGAUGCAAUCAGGCAGACUUUGCAUGAGGUUUUGCAUCCUGCCCAAAUGCCUGCAUCCCUCAGGCCAAUGCCUGGUGCAAGAGGUAGAGCAGACCUGUGGCGGCUCUGCACGUAGUGCUGAGUGUUCUUUGCUUCUCUCUUUCCUUGCGAGUCGAGCAGUGUGCUCCAACGUGGUGUGACAGGAUUGUCAUGUGCAGCUGCUGGGGGGACGCUGCCUCACGUGCAUCUCUUUGGCCCCCAACUGCCUUUGCAGGUUAAUUUUCUUUUGGUCCUGGUGAAGAAAAGCAUGAAUUACUUCUCAGAGACAAAAAGCAGCACAGCAAUAGAUGGCCCAGGAGGUGCGUAAACAGUCAUUUGCAUUUGACGUGGCUUGGAAAAUUGAGAUCUGAAAUAAAGAGCUGCCUUUUAGUCUGAGUUGUUCAUGCUUGGAAAAAAGAAAUCUAGAAAUCUGUUCUGAUAGCUUCAUAUAUUUUAAAUUUGAUGUUUUUAGAAGCAUACCAUACUAUUGCUGACGUGAGGGGACCAGAGCAUGGUGUUCGUUAUCAGGAGUUCAGAGGCAUUGCUCCUCUGAUAUUUCCUCUCCUAUUUCUGUAGCAACGAUUGCUUACACUUCUAAUUUUAGACACUUUUGAGCUUUGUUCUCUUGGAAUUAAGACUGGAGAAAAGCUGUACAUCCCAGUAGGUUAAACAGAGGAUGAGGAAAAGGCGUAUGCAGCAAAGCUGAGGAGAGAAAAUGAAUACUAUGUGUUAGCAAAGAUGUGUGCUCACAGAGGUAAGUGCACCCAGGGCACACAUAGCUGCAUACUCUGAGCACUGUCACCUGGCAGAGUGCUGCGUGUUCCCGACAGCAAAACAGAAGACAGCUGAAGAGGAAGCAGUGUCUGCACUGGCUUGUCAAGUAAACAGCAGCACACAAUGCCUGGAGUCAGUGCUUUCCGAAUCCCUGUGCUUCAGCAUUAGCAGCUGUUUGUCAAAGGUCUUUUUCCUGCAGCUUCAUCGCUGGUGGUGUUUGUGCAUUGGACACAAAGAUGCAUAUACACAUAGGUAUUAAGUGAAGGACUUCCACGUAUACUCUUCUUGAAAAGUUGCCCAACUUGAUCAGAAGCUGUAUAAUUACAGUGCUCCAGCCUCCUGGGGAGGGGUGGUACACGAAUGUGCUGUUGGUGGCACAUGGUUGAGUCCUGCAGACGCAAGGAAAGAGCUGCCAACAUCUCACAGUCAGUGCUGCACCACUGUGAGCAGCAAUUCAAAGAGCAGUUCGCCUCGAUGGCACAGACCAGCCCCGAGAGUUUAUAAUUAACACCAUUCAACCCUUGCCAAAGGUUUAAUAAACAAAUAAAGGUGCUUGCCAUUGAAACGCUUGGUGCCCUUUACCGUGCAACCAGAGCAACGGUGAGUGAAGCUGUCCCAUGUGGUGCAAGGGAUCAAAGUCCCAGCGGAGCAGCUCGGUGCUUCCUGUGGGGUGGGGUGCCGUUGUCCAGGAGGCUCCAUGUCGAGCACGGCCGGGCUGAGGCACGUAGGCCUGAGCUGACCUGGAGUCCCUGAGGGUUUUGUGUCACCUGCCCUGAGGUAGGCCGCCAGCUGCUCCCCGGAUCCUCCUCCUCACCUUCCUCCUCCUCACCUUCCUCUUCUUCAUCUUCCUCCGUUUUCUCUUUCUCCUCAUUUUCCUCCUCCUCAGCCCAGGCCCCGUCACAGGCCCGGGCCAUGGGGUAGGCCGCAGCCACCGGCCCCCACCGCAUGGGGGCGCCGUCGCGCUCUGCCCCGAACUGCAAUUCCCGUCGUCCCCCUCGCGACCGGAAGCAGCUUCCCCUACCGCCGCGGGGCGCCGCUGGGAGUUGUAGUCCCGACUUCCCGGAAGUCGCCGCAGGCCGCGUCCCGGGUUGGCGGAGAGCGCGCGCGCGGCCGGACUACAAGUCCCACCCCACCCCGCGCACCGGGGCGGCAAUGGCGGCGGCGGCGCCUGCGCGCGGCGCCCUCCGUGCGGACCGCGCAGAGUGAAUAAUAAAGGUCUCCUCGGCGGGAGCGGCGGCGGCGGGCAGGAGGCAUGUCCAAGGGCCCGGUGGCGAGCGGCCCUGCCGCGACCGGGCCGGCGAACGCCGCCAGCGCGCUGCAAGCGCAGCCCGAGAAGCCGCAGCACUACACUUACCUGAAGGAGUUCCGCACAGAGCAGUGCCCUCUCUUCGUGCAGCACAAGUGCACUCAGCACAGGCCCUACACUUGCUUCCAUUGGCACUUUGUCAACCAGCGCCGUCGCAGAUCUAUCCGCCGUCGGGAUGGGACAUUUAACUACAGCCCUGACAUUUACUGUACCAAGUAUGACGAGACCACAGGAAUCUGCCCAGAAGGAGACGAAUGUCCCUUCUUGCAUAGAACUACUGGAGACACGGAGAGGAGGUAUCACUUACGCUAUUACAAAACUGGAAUCUGCAUCCAUGAGACAGACUCCAAGGGAAACUGCACAAAGAAUGGAGUCCACUGUGCUUUUGCUCAUGGGCCCCAUGAUUUACGCUCUCCUGUGUAUGACAUCAGGGAGCUUCAGGCCAUGGAGGCUUUGCAGAAUGGUCAGACUACAUCAGAAGGUGGCAUAGAGGGUCAAUCUGCAGUUGCUGCUAGCCAUGCUAUGAUAGAGAAAAUACUCAGUGAGGAGCCGAGGUGGCAAGAUACAACGUAUGUUUUGGGAAACUAUAAGACAGAGCAGUGUAAGAAGCCGCCUCGUCUCUGUCGCCAGGGUUAUGCCUGUCCAUACUAUCACAAUAGCAAAGACAGAAGAAGGAGCCCAAGAAAACACAAAUACAGAUCUUCACCGUGUCCCAGCGUGAAACAUGGAGAUGAGUGGGGAGAUCCUAGUAAGUGUGAAAAUGGAGACUCGUGCCAAUACUGCCACACUCGCACAGAACAGCAGUUCCAUCCAGAGAUCUACAAAUCCACCAAGUGCAAUGAUAUGCAGCAGUCUGGCAGCUGUCCCCGAGGACCCUUCUGUGCCUUUGCACACGUAGAACAGCCUCCGCUCAGUGAAGAUCUGCAGCAAUCCUCAGCUGUGUCCAGCCCCACGCAGGCAGGCCCAGUGAUGUAUAUGCCAUCAGCAGCUGGUGAUUCUGUUCCAGUCAGCCCUUCCAGUCCACAUGCUCCAGACCUUAGCAAUGUGUGGAAUAAAUCAGGAACUCUGCCAACUAGCCCCACCUCCACCACAAUUCUUUGUAGGAACAGCAGUCUCGGAAGCCCAUCUAAUAUAUGUGGGUCUCCUCCUGGUGCGAUUGGAAAGCCACACAGCCUGGAGAGCAUUGGUUUUCCUCCAGAUUCAGUAACAGCAGCCGGCAGCUACAAGAAAGCACCGGGGUUUGAGCGAGAAGAUCAGGUGGGGACCGAGUAUUUGAAGAGUUUCAAAUGCCAGCAAGCAAAAAUGAAGUCCCAUUCACUGGAACACAGGAGCCAGGAGCAACCUUUGUUACAGCCCAAACAGGACAUACUGGGUAUUCUCCCAGUGGGGAGCCCACUGACAUCCAGCAUCUCCUCCAGUAUCACCUCCAGUCUGGCUGCGACACCACCAAGCCCCGCUGGCACCAGCAGUAUACCAGGCAUGAAUGCCAAUGCCCUUCCUUUCUACCCAACCAGUGACACCGUUGAGUCUGUCAUAGAGUCUGCCUUGGAUGACCUGGACCUGAAUGAAUUCGGAGUGGCUGCCCUGGAGAAGACAUUUGACAGCAGCACAGUGCCCCACACGAGUGGCAUCAUGAUAGGUGGGAGUUUGCUGCAAAGUUCUGCUCCUGUAAAUAUCCCCGGGUCCCUUGGAAGCUCUGCCUCCUUUCACUCUGCCUCUCCUUCUCCACCGGUCAGCCUCUCAUCGCAUUUCCUCCAUCAGCCCCAGGGACACUUAAGCCAAUCAGAAAACACGUUCCUGGGGACAUCAGCUUCUCAUGGAUCAUUAGGUUUAAAUGGGAUGAACAGCAGCAUAUGGGAACACUUUGCUUCGGGGAGUUUUUCGCCCAGUACCUCACCUGCAUUUCUGUCAGGUCCAGGUGCUGCGGAGCUGGCACGGCUACGGCAAGAACUGGAUGAAGCCAACGGCACAAUAAAGCAGUGGGAAGAGUCUUGGAAACAAGCCAAACAGGCUUGUGAUGCUUGGAAAAAGGAGGCAGAGGAAGCAAAUGAUCGCGCCAACACAGCUAACAUGGAAUGUGAACUGGCUCGGGAGCAGAGGGAAGCCUUGGAACUGCAAGUGAAGAAACUACAGGAGGAGCUGGAGAGGAUCCACACAGGCCAGGACCCUCAGUUUCUGCGCUCCUUCUCUGACCUGGAAACCCUCUCACUCUCUUCACUUUACACCCUCCAGAAGCAGUUGCGGGCAAACCUGGAGAAAGUUGAUAAGGCAGUAUUUCAGAUGCAGUCAGUGAAAUGCCUUAAGUGUCAGGAGGAGAACCGGGUGGUGUUACCGUGCCAACACGCAGUGCUGUGUGAGACGUGCGCCGAGGAGGACGAGUGCCCCAUCUGCCAUCCCAACAGGCCCCAUGCCCUCCAGUCGUGACCUUCCGAGGACGUUUGUUCUGAUCAUAUCAUAUAGAACUUUUUAACUUUAUACGUACGUACAUAUAUAUGUAUGUGUACAUAUAUAUAUGUAUGUGUAGAUAUAUAUAUGUAUAUAUGUGUGU